AGCCGGAUCUGGAGCUCUCUGAUCAGUAGCUGGUGGCUCAGCCCUUGGUGAGGCUGCUUCACUCUGGCACAGCCCACUGUAGAGACACCAGGGCAAGGCGUACAACAUGAUCCAUCCAUGGUGCCCACUGAGCUAGUAUUUGCAGACACCUUUAGCUGGCGGAGGUGGGAGAGGAGGUCGUGCCUUGCAUUGCUGCCUGGGAAAUGGGUAACCAGGUGGAGAAACUGACCCAUCUAAGUUACAAAGAAGUCCCAACGGCAGAUCCCACAGGGGUGGAUAAGGACGAGGGACCUAGAAUCGGAGUCUCCUACAUCUUCUCUGCUGAUGACGAUGACUUGGAGGAGCCAGGACAUGACCCCGACAAGCAAAGAUCUCUCCAAGAGGAUCUGCAAUACGACCACUGCAAUGAGGUGGAGUGUUCGGUUUAUUAUAGGGAUGAAUGUAUUUAUGAAAAGGGGUUUGGGGCCGGGGACCAGCUGAUCACUUACUCCCCUGAGAACCUAUUGAAUAAAUGCAAGCCUGGGGACCUGGUGGAGUUUGUAGCCAAGAACCAGUAUCCCCACUGGGUGGUGUACGUGGGUGACUUUCAAGUGGUACAUUUAUACAGACUGGAGAUCACCAACAGCUUUCUGACUGACGCCAGCCAGGGCCGGAGGGGCAGGAUUGUCAACGACCAAUAUAAAUUCAAACCACUGUGCCCCGAGAUGGUGGUACAGAAUGCCAUGGAGCAGGUGGGGGCGAAAGACCAGGAGCUGAGCUGGAGGAACUCUGAGUGCUUUGCAGCUUGGUGUCGAUAUGGAAAAAGAGAGUUCAAGAUCGGAGGCGAGAUCAGGAUAGGCAAACAGCCCUACAGGUUAAAGAUCCAGCUGUCCGAAAAGAAAAGCCACACGUUGGAAUUUCAAAGCCUGGAGGACCUGGUCAUGGAGCGGAGGAGGAACGAUCAGAUCGGAAAGACGGCGGUUCUCCAGGAACUCUCCAACCACCUCCACGCUGAAGAUGAGGUCAGGACUGAUCACAAUGCCAGCUGAUGGAUUAAAACUGAAGGCUGCGAAAUUGAGAUGUUAUAAACCCCUUUGGGCUGAUUCACAGCGGUUUUAUUCAAAUGGCUUGUGAAAGGAAAGCUGAUUAGUUCUGCUUCGGCGUUAACCCUUUGCGCCUCUCCCUGGUUUACUGCAGAGACCAGUUUACAGAUUUGGAGCCCAUGUCGUAAAUUAUUUGCCCGAAAAAGCACUAUGCAUUGAGCUUGCAAAUUAUUAUUAUUAUUAUUUUAUUUUUUGAAGUCAGGUAACAAAAGGUUCACUCCCUUUGCAAACCUUGCAUCCAAUGAAUACCGUCUGAGCUAACGAAUCACUUUCUAAUAUCUGAUUAACGCAUCUUCCUUUUGCAUUUCUAACACCAAAUAUUAGCACAGAAUUUUUUUUUUUAUUUCCUUAAAUUUGAUUUAUUUUUAAUUUUUUUUUUUUUUUUUACUAUAUAUUUAAGGUGAACCUCCUUGGCGCAGCUGUGAAGUUUUCAUAACGUAAAAUGUCUUAUCUUAGCUUCGUAUUUGCAUAAUGGUCACAUUUCGUGCCGCAUAAAAAUGAUUUGUACACUUUAAUUUUGGGAAAUGGACCGCUGGGCUCGAAAAAGGUUGGGGAGGGGGAGUAAAUCAUCCGUUCUCAUCUAGUAAACAUCGGGAAGACACUGUAAUGUUUAUGCUACUGCAGUUUUCCUGCCAGGUUGAUGCUUUGAGGAUUUAUAUUUUUUUGGACAUGAGGAGUUUAACCCUUUGUGCCUCGAGGGGCUGGUUGAUGAGUUUUUAGAGGGGGUGUGUGCACUGGGAUCACUGCCUCGCUGAGUGAAGUGUUUUUUAUUGGAAGUCUUACUGGGUGAUGAGUGUCUCAGGAGGGACGUGUAUCAAGGCAUUUGAAUUUCCUAGUGGUAGUGUUAGUCUGCGGGAAUGUCUGCAGCAUAUUGAACUCCAUAUUUAAAAAAAAUAUA